AUGAUCCUGGCUUUUUCUCUUAUUCCCCGUUCCUCCGCCAAAGUACCCUGGAAAAGGGGAACAAAUGCCCCUGCAGACCCAAGUGGGCUCACCGUCGUCCGUCGACCCAUGGCAGUUGUCAACCCAGGAUUGAUGUAUAUAGAGAGAGACGCGGAAGCCCGGUCGAGCCUACUCUUGCUUGGUCUCUUGAUCUCUGUCCCAAACCCUCCUCUCCCUCCCGAUUCAGCCACAAUGCUUCUCGACACCAUCGUCACCAGCCUGCUGCUGGUCGCCAGCGCCGCCGCCAUCCCCAUCGAGACCCCCGUGGAGCUCAUCAAGCGCGCCCCGAGCGCCGGCGUCGUGAUCCAGAAGUGCGCCAAGCCCGGCGUCUUCGCCCUCGCCUACGACGACGGGCCCUACCAGUACACCUCGCAGCUCGUCGACAUCCUCAACAACGGCGGCGCCAAGGCCACCUUCUUCAUGACCGGCACCCUCUACGGCUGCAUCUACAACCAGCGCGCCGCCGUCAAGAAGGCCUUCGACUCGGGCCACCAGAUCGCCUCCCACAGCUGGACGCACCCCCAGAACUUCGGCAGCCUCAGCCAGGCCCAGCUCACCUCCGAGAUGCAGAAGCUCGAGCAGGCGGCCGUCAACAUCAUCGGCAGGAAGCCCGCCUACAUGCGCCCGCCCUACCUGGCCACCGGCGGCUCCGUCCUGCCGACGAUGAAGACGCUGGGCUACAAGGUCAUCACCAACGACGUCGACUCGGGCGACUGGAACGGGCAGACGGCGGCGCAGAGCCAGCAGAAGUUCCAGCAGGCCGGCGCCGGCGGCAACGGACACAUCCCCCUGAUGCACGAGACGUACGCCAGCACGGUGCAGACUCUGACGCCCUGGCUGAUCAACUGGGCCAAGCAGAACAACCUCAAGCUGGUUACCGUUGCCGAGUGCCUCGACGACGGCAGCGGAGCCUACCAGCCCGGCACCUUCACCGGCAACGGCGCGAAUUCUUGCUGA